AUGAUUGACGUCUUCGGCGGACCGCCGAGCGGCGCCUUCAAAACCGACACGAGUCUCGGCAUAAUUAACAGGUGACAGCGUUCGCCAACUCCUAAUCAUUGCAACUACACCGGUGGACCUCCGCCGGCCGCGACAAGUGUAUCCAUCGUAACACAGGAGCUAACAACAGGCAGCUGCUCAUAUAAAUCACAACCGAAUCGGCGGUUUAUCUGCGACAAUGCUCCCACCUACCAAGUGUUCGCCUUGCGGGAGUUUGUAGCUCAUAAACGUGUUUGUGAGGCCUUCCUAUACAAAUAAGAACAAGUGUGAUAGGCAACAAAAGCGACAAAUGGCGAGCUUCGGGAUGACUGGAUGGACGGCACGACGCCUCGAUCAAUUCCGAGCGCAUUUCCUUUCUUUUAUUCAAUUUUGAAGGCUUUUCGAACAAUGUGAAUAUGAGAGCAGAGCCAAGAAAGUUCAACUAUUCCUCAACUUUUUUCAAUCAGCUCUUCAUCUUGAAUAUCAGAGUAAAUUGAGAAGGUCGACUUUUUAAUGGAUCCGGUAAAAUUUAUAUCUCUUCAAAGUCGAAAAAGUCAAGUUCCAAAUUUAUCGUUGAAAUUUUGUUUGAAAACUAUCGAAAACCUCGAAGCGAAGGUAAUGAAAAAGAAAGAAUGAGUGCAUAAAAAAAAAAAUCAAAAUUUGAGAAGGGUGAUUUCAUUUUGCAACCGUCUGAAUUUGAAACUUCUAUUCUUAUUCUAAUUUUUAUACUUAAAUUACUCUCAUUGAAGGUUAUCAAUUCAUGAAAGAUUAAAAAUGAAACUCGUGGUUGAAAAAAAAUAAAAAAAUAAAACCUAAAGUAUUGCUUCUAAACUUGAAAAGCUCAAAAGUUAAGUAUAUCCUCCUACCAGCGUCAGUUAUUUCGAGCUGCCGUGAAUAUGAAUCUUUUCAACUUUUGCAAUACCUGCAACAACCUCAAAAACGGCCUCUUAAUUCGGAAGAAAAGACCAUGAACUGAUCGCAGCCGAUCCAUCAUGCUCGCUAAUUGCUCAACGCAUGUUGGCCUUCCGACCAAACAGUGACGACCUUCAAAACGAAAGCCUCCGUUGGCAGCUCAUUUCAGUGGUCGUUUCGGCAAAACUGCUCCAAAGGCCAUCAAAUGCCGCCAAAUAGACUUUAAGGACCGUCCGAAAUUCGUCAACGAUCAGAAAAAGGCGAUUCGGGUUCGCCGGAUCUUCAUGCACAAGCAAUUUAGCGUCUCCAGUCGACGCCGUAGAUUUUAUCAGGCGCAAAUCGUCGGAGGUCGUUUUUGACACGUUUAUUCACAUGGGAACAACAAGAAGACAGACGACCUGUCAAGUUUGAGAUCCAAGGAGGGGCCUAGCUAGAUACAUAAUCUACCUGUUGAGGACUAUUCUUCCCGGGGUGUCGGCGAACCUUUUUCGAGUGUCUCUAGGCGGCGGAAAGCUGAAGAAGCUGCACGAGCGUACACACACAGUGUUCUUGGUCGAUUCUGGAGUGCGGGUGGUAUCAAAUGUCGCGGAUUAGGAUAGAACAACAUUGCGCUGGCUCGACGUCAUUCUUCGUUGCUGCAGACUCGUCCAUCCGAGGUCAAGUGCGUGUCCAUCAACCCCAUCCGCCAGAACACCACAAUCAACUCAAACAUCGUCAAAGCGUUUGAGCUUCUGCGGGAUCCUUUCGCUCCGAAGAGACCUUAUUUAUGUUUCAUUUUUUGAAUAUUACAAAAAUGAAUUGCCAACAAACUGUAUCCAUCUAACUAGGGAACUACUCGGACUCGGGUACGCGUUUCGAGUUGAAACUUUGGUGGCUUAUAGACCCGGGUAAGAGUACUUGGAAACAAGAGAGAUUAUCUGCUAAACUCCAUAAGCUUCUGAGAAAAAGCCUUUUGAAAAUGAACAUUUUAGGCUUGAAAAUUAUCAAAUCAUUGCUUUCCUCCUUCUUUUGGCUGAAAAAAAGUUCUUUAGAGUUCAUAAUAGCCGCAUCAUUCGAAGCGAUUGUAUGAAAAUAUAAGAUAAGGUAAAAAUCAGUAUUCUGAAAAUUUUCAGGUCUAUUUUUUACAUUUUCUACUAAUUUUUUCCCAGUUCUCUAUUGGGUUUAGCAGAUAUUCUCACUUGUUUUCAAGCAAACUCACUUAGGUCUACAAACUAUUAAAGUUUGAACUCGAUCCGCGUACCCGAGUCCGAGUAGUUCCCUAGUAAGCCACAUAGUACUCCGAAAAAAGAAAUCGUGAAUUCCUGAAGCGUUCGAGUUUCUUCGAGGAUUUUCGAUCAAAUAGGAGCCAGAUCCUCACUUACGAAAAGCAAUAUUUCUAUAGAUGCCCAAAAAACAACAAUCCAAGAAAAGACUACACCGUUCUCCACAAAAAUACCGGGAAAGCUUCUGCAAAGUGGAGUUUUCAAAUGUGAGCUACCUAUCUAAUACUAACUAUAACCCAUUUUUAGUACCCUUUGAAAGUUAUAGUCUCUUCAUUCAACCUUCUUUAAUUCCUUCCACUCAUUCGAAACUGAUUUCCGUUUCCUGCUACAGUCGCACAUUCAUAAAACUCGAGCUCCAAGUUUACAGGUUUCUUCUAGUCGAAGACAUAUCAGUUCUUCACGACGACGUCUUCAUCUGGCGUUGAAAUGUCAGUCGGGAGCGUGUCGUCCAUUAAUUCUCGUCAGUCCGUCGCCUUCUUCGCCCAUCAAACUUCUGCGCCGACUUCAAACGCCGACGCCGCCGCGUUUUGA